AUGAGUGAGAUUUGUAGGGUUUGGUGUUUCAUAAUUCCAUUUUUGUUAAUCUGCAAUUUCCAUGGCGCCUAUUCCACCAAUGCGAUCAUCGAUCCAACUAAAGUGAGACAGGUUUCAUGGAAGCCAAGAGCGUUUGUUUAUGAAGGUUUCUUGACGGAUUUGGAAUGUGAUCAUUUGAUUUCGAUUGCGAAAUCGGAACUUAAGAGAUCUGCCGUGGCCGAUAAUUUGUCUGGUGAGAGUAAAUUGAGCGAAGUUAGAACAAGCUCUGGCAUGUUCAUUUCUAAGAACAAGGAUGCCAUUGUUUCUGGUAUUGAGGACAAGAUUGCAUCCUGGACCUUUCUUCCAAAAGAUAAUGGCGAAGACAUACAAGUAUUGAGAUAUGAACACGGGCAGAAAUAUGACCCACAUUAUGAUUACUUUUCUGAUAAAGUUAAUAUAGCUCGGGGUGGACACCGGGUUGCCACUGUUCUCAUGUAUCUCACAAAUGUGACCAAAGGCGGUGAAACUGUGUUCCCUAAUGCAGAGGUUUGUCUAGUAUCUAAUACACAUGUUUACAUAGAAUCAAAAACAUAA